GACGGUGGUCUAAUCGGCGACUUCAGCUGAUCCCCUUGCUACAGCCUACGGCGUGCAUUGCAACACAGGAGACGCAAAUGCAAGUCACUGGCGCUGUAGCCAAGGAAAUGCUGCCAUAAACCCUUAAUUCCUCGCAGAUCCAAUCUAACCCAACUCCAUUAUUCCAACACAACAAGCUACGUUACAGUCCCAGACAUGUCAGCUCUUUUCAAUUUCCACUCGUUUCUGACGGUGGUUCUGCUCGUGAUUUGUACCUGCACUUUUCUCAAGAUACAGUUCCCCGCCAUCCUCGAACACAAAACUGGGUUUCGAGGAUUCUUUUGGAAGGCUGCUAGAAUAGGCGAACGUUUAAGCCCUUGGGUGGCUGUGGGAUGUUUUACAAUGGGCGUGUCAAUUCUGUUCUUCUGAAAAGGGUCUACUUUGCAAAAUUUGGAGCGGUUCUAUUGUUUUGUUUAUCAGCCUGGGCUCCCAUUAGUUAUGCGAUGAUCGCUGAACGUCCCUUUUACUUAAAAUAGUCUCAGCUUAGUGCAUUUUAGUUCAGGACUCUAGCUUACUUUGCGGAAACGAUCUUUCUUCUUUUUUGUCAGCUUUUUAAGAAAGCUUUUGAAAAAAAAAUUGUAUUUACUUAAAUAUAAUUAAAUCUAA